CCCAACCAAGAUGCGGAAAUGAUCACAACUCCUGAUCCAGAGCCAGAGCCAGUCAAGAAAGUCAGACAAGGGAGGAAGAGGAAAGAAAAGGAGAAAGAGAAAGAAACAUGGUACAAAGGCCCUUGGACCAAAACUGAAGACAGAAAACUGGAUAGCUUGGUGAUGCAAUAUGGCAACAAAAAAUGGGCAUCAGUUGCUAAACACAUGCCUCGAAGAAUUGGGAAACAAUGUCGAGAGCGAUGGCACAAUAAUCUUCGUCCCAAUAUCUCGAAAAGUGUAGUGUGGAGUGAUGAAGAGGAGCUGAAGAUAAUUGAAGGCCACAAAAUAUUUGGAAAUAGAUGGUCUCAAAUAGCAAAAUUCCUUCCUGGGAGAAGUGAAAAUGAUGUGAAAAAUCAUUGGAACAAAACCAAAAGAAGGCAGACUUCUUCUAGAAACAUCCAAAGGUCUAAGAAGCUAAGAGGCUUUUAUCAGUCCACUGUUUUAGAAGAAUACCUCAGGAAUGGGAUCUUCAACACCGCCGCCGCCGAUGCUCCUCCUCCGCCGCAGCAAAUCGGCGACGAUCAAGAGGAAAAUGACGGAACCAAUGCUGAGGAUGGUGAUGUAAUUCCCCUUUCUGUUGAUGACUAUGACAUUGACGGCGUGCCUUUCUUCUCAUUCGAGAUCGCCGCCGCUUUUGAAAUAGACAACUGUCUUGAUGCCGCCGCCGGCGAAGCAUCUCCGGUGAUGGGCGGAGAUGACUACGUCGCGGCGUCGUAUUUGGCGAUGGAUGAGGCGGUGGAUGAGGAGAUGAACUUCUUGAGAAGUCUGUUUAGAGAUGAUAUGUAAAAUGCUAUCUUCAAAGAGUUAAUUAAUUAGCUCUUUUCUAAA